AUGUCUUCAUACUCGUCUCCAUUGCCACCUUACGUGACGCCUGGUUGGAACGACCCACCAACGGAUUUAAACUCGGAAAGGAAGAAACCAAGUUUUGGAGCGCAUAGGCAUCGAAGACCCGUCGACCCUUCCAUACAGGGAAGUGCUGCGACAGAAACUCCUCCUCCAGUGCAGCAACCGUGUCAAUCUUUUCAGUGUACUAAAGGAAACGAGCCACCGAACUCUGCUCAAUUUAGUACUGACUAUUUUAAUUCGCAAAUUCCGAUGAGCAACAAACCCCCAAGACCAGUCUAUGAUAACUCCACGUCUAACCCCCAGCACCUUAUCAAUCCUCAGCAUCGUGCCGUUUAUGAUGCAUUCACGAUACCUUCAGCGAGAUAUCAAGAAUCGUUCGAUUUUGCACGCAUUAAUCCCACAAGAGACAACAACGGUCAGUCAUCUGUUACGCACCCAGCAAUACCAUUUCAACAAAAUUUCACCAAUGAAAAUCACGCUGAAUCACUUCCAAAUGCACCGAACCUUCCAACGACGAAUUUCACUGCUCCCAUGUCUGGUCCUCCAAUUGAAUCUAUACCUAGUGCUCUCAUUUAUAUCCCACCAAAUGUGAGUGAUUUGCUAGUGUCAUUUUGGAUUGAAGCAAUAGGUGAAAUGAAACAAAGAUCGACCACUUCACCAGAUCCGGCAAAUUACAUUGCUCCACUGAAAGCAGCCGGCGACGUUUCUCUUAAUGGUUCACAACUGGUGCAGUUUAUUACCAAAGCCACUCUAAGGCUACCUUUGGGUGUAACGCGGGAUGGCAUUCAGUUGCGGAUUGCACAUUUCAAUGAUCUUGUCUUAGCAAAUGCGAUAUCUGAAGGACUCAUCAAAAAACUGAAUUUCGUUGUUGAUGCGUUAGAUCGAGGAAUGUACGACGAUGCAUUGCAGUUCUUCGAGCAAAUGCAAGCUGUUUUUACGGAAGAAACGAAAACGAGCUGGGCUCAAGGAUUAAGAUUACUGAUUUGUGAAUUGAAGAGACCUGCAAGAAGUGGUAGUGCUGGGCUGAUGCAUAACCAUUAG